GAUAAGAACCAAUAACAUGACAAUAUAACCUGUCAUAACAUUCAGUGCACUAAACGAACCAAACGCACCAAACGCUUCUGCUCCAAUGGGGUGCGCCUCCUCCAAGAGAAUCGAUGUUUACCGUCCACCACCAUCCAGCUUUGCCGUAUUCAACGUCAAUGCAAUCGAAGAGCCGUGGCUCAAGAUGGGUGAUGAACAUCACCAACAGGACGAAAAGCCCACGCACGUGCCACUUCCCAUUCUUGACAAGCUUAAGGCCAUUGAAGAUGCUCCCGGUACGUGGGAUGAGGUUAGCAAGGCACUGGAGGACAUCAAGCCCACUUUCAACAGCCCACCCCCGCCAGCUUCCGCCAUAACUAAAAGAACCAAUAGUACACCACCAGCACAAGAUAGCGAAGCUCCUAAUGUAAAAGCACCAGGUAAGAGCUUUUCCUUUCACACACUUGAAGAGCUUGAAGCAAAAGUUUCAUCAAAGCCCACCGAGUUAAAAGAGACCGAGCCCAUGGGCACUGAGUUGAAGAAAUUCCAAUCAAACAAGACCGAACACGCGGAGUCACGAGUUGGGGCGAUGUCGAACUCACUAAAAAACAACAUAUUCAUAGUGAGAGACAGAUUAGAGAGAGAAAAAGAGGGUAAAAGUUCAACCUUUGUCAAACGCGACCUAUUAAGCGAGUUCGAAGAGAAAUGUCCACCGGGCGGAGCCGACUCACUGGUUCUAUACACCACCUCUUUGGGUGGCGUCCGUUCCACAUUCGAAAACUGCAACAGAAUCAGAACUAUCCUCGAAACUCACAGAGUCGUGUUCGACGAACGUGACAUCUCUUUACACGGAGAGUUUUUGAACGAGUUGAAAGAAUUAGUCGGUGAAGGAGCGAGUGUUCCGAGGCUAUUUGUGAAGGGGAAAUACAUAGGAGGUGUUGAAGAGGUGGUGAGUUUGAACGAGACGGGUAGACUAGGGAGGAUACUGAGUUGGACACGAGUGGAGAGAGGAGUGGGUAGGUUGGGUUGUGAAGGGUGCGGUGGUGCAAGAUUUGUGCCAUGUUUGGAUUGUGGAGGAAGUUGUAAGGUUUUGGUCGGGGAUAAAAAAGAAAGGUGCCCACAGUGUAAUGAGAAUGGUUUGGUUCAUUGUCCUAUGUGUAUUUGAUUUUGUUGUUUUGUAAUAAAACUAUACAUUGAAAUUUUAAUUUCAGCAUUGCUACGCAUGC